AUGGAUAUUUGCAAAAAAAAGACUGUUUUUCUUCACAUACAGUACCCUUUAGAGCAUCCACAGUGUGGUCUUUUUCCGCCUCUAAGCUUGCCUCUAAGGUCUGGGAGGCUGACGCUAUACAUUGCGGUCCUCGCCUCUAACACAAAAAUCGUUGGCGUCGCCUCUAAGCCGCACACCCGCUCAUCACCCCGCCAUGUCCCUUCCAUCGAUGGUGUCGCGCACAUUCUCCUCUCCCCGCAACUGCGUCCCCGGUCGGCUUCUCUGCCGACAACCUCUCGCGUCGCCGCAUCGACACUGAGUCCGCGCUCCCCUCGGUCGGGCAUCCUGGUCAGCCUGAUUCGGCUGGUCGGCGCAGAAGGGCUCGCCGCUGGCGGCGGCCGCCGGCGACCUGCUCCCAGGGCUCUCGUCGUCGACAUCGGUAAAACGACGUGGCUCGUCACGACGGCAGCGGCUUCACGUGCAGGCGUCCUCGUCGUGGCGGCCGCCCUACCUAAGGUACUCCGCUCCUCCAUCUUCGCUGCCUACGGCCUUCCCCGGCAUAUCCGAGGGAGGAUGUGCUCCCCUUCCUCCACCCCGACUCCCCGAGCUCCUCCCUCAGUGUGCAGUGAUUUGCUAACCACUGUUGUGCUGCGAGGAGGAGAGACGGCGCCCUCAUCGUCGACAUCCCAAUUUUCUGUCUCUUGUUCUCUUCUUCCACAGGUUGCGGUAGCAGCAGAACUAGGAGGUGCCUUAGGUGGCAUGGUUAGGCAGCUGUCAGUUGGUCAGUUUGAAAAUGAAGGAAGAAGGGUUAUCUAUGGCAUUCCUAACAACGCACGGGCAGCUAGAAAAUUACUGGAACGGCAAUUGUCUAUUAAUAGUGUGCCCAGAAAGAUAAAUCAGCUUGCAAGGCUCUGGAUUAUAUAUCCACUUUCACCAAUUGCUUGAGGGUAUGGUCAGUUGGAGAAAACAUUACCACGACUAAAAAGAUCUGUUUUUCCAGGAGUAAGAAGUCAGUUGGAGUGAGAAGUGAGACAGGUACCAUGAGCUCAAAUGAUUCAUUCCCCAAGCUGGUAAAGGCAAAAACUUGAAAAAGAUCAUCUCAACAAGGUAUGCAAGUAAUUUCGUUUGGGGGUUUGAAUUGCCACAUCUUGGGUUUUGUUUUCAGUCCAUUCUAUAUUCUAGGGAGAAACUUCAUCUCAUUUCUUAGACCAAAUAAUAUUUAACAACAGGAUCAGGUUUCGUGUAAACUAAUUUGCAAUGUUUAUUCUAUUUUGUGCAUGACAAGGGGCAAGUAGAACCUUUUUUGUAUCCACUUAGCAAGAUUACAGUAACAAGCAGAAAGGGAAUCAAGUAUCUUCAACAAGCAAUUUAAAAGUGAAAGUAAGAUAAACAACUUACUGAUCCACAUAGAAGUUUGAUUUGCCGCAUGGCAAUGAUCCGCUAUGUUGCUGCAGUAAUGUGUGUAUGACAACAAAAUAAGAGUGUAUCUUGGCAUAGAAUGUACUGAAAUUAAAUCUACCUUUCCUCCAAACUCCUAAGCACAUAACUCUGCCAAUGUAUAUGUCCAACUUCUAAGCAAAUUAAGAACAAGGUGCACACAAA